CAGCACCGUGAUGAGCAGCAGCAAACAGUCCGCUGUGUUCAAUAAUCCAAGAUGUCUGCGCCCUGAAGGAUGCUUCUGACAGCGUGAAGGUGCUGGACAAGGGACAGUGGAUGGAUUCUCAGCUGACUUCAAGGCAGAUUUAAGGCUUUCCAGACAGACCAGGAUGUCAAAGAUCUCCAAAGCAGCCAAGGCUGUGAAGAAAUUGGAUGCAGGCAAUGUAAUCCGGGCUAUAGUGAGGUCAGGACAAGCUGCCCCUGGACCUCCACUAGGCCCCAUUCUGGGACAGAAAGGAAUCCCCAUCGGGCAGUUCUGCAAGGACUUCAAUGAGAAAACCAAGGAGCUGAAGGAGGGCAUCCCUCUCCCGAUCAAGAUCCACGUGAAGCCUGACAGAACAUAUGACCUGAAGAUCGGCCAGCCUACAGUGUCUUACUUCCUCAAACAAGCAGCAGGCAUUGCAAAAGGAGCUGGGAAGACAGGCCACGAGACGGCGGGGAUGGUGUCCGUCAGAGCAGUGUAUGAAAUCGCCCAGGUGAAAGCUCAAGAUGAAUGCUUCAAAACGCGGAACGCAUCCCUUGAGACGGUGGUGAAAAGGAUCAUCGGCUCAGCCCGCUCCCUGGGCAUUAAGGUUGUCAGCGAUCUAUCAGCUGAUGAGUACAAAGUCUUCCUGGAGCAGCGAGAGGAGAAGCUGAAAGCGGACGCCGCUGCUGCUGCAGCAGCCACUGCAGCCGAAGCUUCAGCGGGCAAGAAGAAAUGAAGACCUGGAACAUCGCUGCAUUUCUCUUUAUAUUCAUAUUUUAUACAUUAAUGCAAAAGUGCGUAUGUCUGAACGUAAUAAACAUGACGUGUUAAAUGACA